AUGUCUGUCUUCAAGCCCGGCAACACGGCCGUCAUCACGGGCGGCGCCUCGGGGAUCGGCCUCGCGCUGGCCAUCAAGUGUGUGUCCCAUGGCAUGCGUGUCGUGCUGGUCGACGUGAACGAGACCGCGUUGGCAGCAGCGCCGACGAGCAUCAUCGAGGCGACGGCACAGUCGGAUGUGCUGUCGCUCUCGGUGGCCACGGUGCAGAUGGACGUCGGCCGGCCGGCCGACUGGGUGCGGCUGCGCAAGGUUGUCGACAGCCACCUCGGCGACCAGGUGCACCUGCUGGCCCUCAACGCCGGUGUCGGUGGCCCUUCGCUCUGGACCGAUCCGGCCGCCUUUCAACGCAUCUGGGACGUCAACGUGCUGGGUGUCGUGCACGGGCUGGCCACGGUGCUGCCGCUGGUGGAGGCAACUGCUUCGGACUCGACCUCGGCUUCCAUCAUCAUCACCGGCUCCAAACAGGGCAUCACAAACCCUCCCGGCACCAGUCCGGCCUACAACGCGUCCAAGGCGGCCGUUCGGUCACUCGCCGAGCAGCUCGCCUUCGACCUCGCCAAGCGUGCCCCCCACGUGUCCGUCCACCUGCUCGUGCCCGGCUGGACCCAUACCGGACUCACCGGCGGCGGCGGCAGCACGCCCAAGCCCAAGCCCGACGGCGCCUGGUCGCCCGCCCAGGUGAUCGACUACCUCGUGCCCGCCAUGGCCGCCAACCGCUUCUACAUCCUCUGCCCCGACAACGACGUGACCGAGGCCCAGGACAGCUGCCGCGUGCUGUGGUCCGCCGGCGAUGUGGCCUACGGCCGCGCACCGCUGUCGCGCUGGCGACCCGAAUACAAGGACGAGGUGGACGCCUUUAUGAGCAAGGAACAGUAG